CACUGUCUGUCUGUUUUCUCUGCCAGCGUCGUCGUGAGAUUGAAAUGGAGGACGUGGUGCUGAGUUUUCGGAGACGAUGUGCUGCCAGACGCAUCGCCGCCGGCUGGCAGCGCUACAACAACAGAAAGAAACUCAGACAGAAUCUGUCGGUAAUCAGACGCCUCGCCAGGGGUUACCUUCGUCGGGUGGCCCUUUUGGAGGAAAACGCAGCAAUUCUAGCCCUCCCGGAGGUGGCGCUAACUAUCAAUCCUACUACAAACUACAAGUACGUGCCGCUGACGGAAGGUGGCGCUGCGGGCGCUGUUCGGACCGUGCAGAGCGCCGUGCGCCAGGUUUUGGUUCAGGCCGCCCUGACUGCCGACUCUUCACCACACUCGUGAGGGGCCUGUGUUUAUGUGUGUCUGUGUAUGUGUGUGAGGGGGGGGAGUAGAUAAGGUCCUCACUAGGUGAGGGGCCCGGGGGCAGCCAACGUCGAAUCGGCCGAAAUUUAUGUUUGACCGUCACGAAAUGUACGUCUCAAAUCGCCGACCGAAUAAGCGUGUUCCCGUCCAAUAGCUAGCUGAAUAAAACGUGAAAUAGGCAUGUGCGCCUGCAGUUACUCUUGCAGGUAGUGUAUGUGUGUGAGUGAUUGUUCUUGAUAUUGCCAGUAUGACGGAUUUAUGUCAUUUAAGCACGAUAUGACUCGUGUAAUACGGUCGUUUUCAAUCGUGAUUACGUAGUUUGUGUUAGCGGAUUAAUGUCUAUCGUGAGGUAGCUAAAAAGUGUUUCUGCUUUGUUGUAUUUUUUUUUUGUGGUGAUAUGUUUCGUUCAGAAGUAAAUGCCACCACAUGAAGUUUUCAUUGAGUGUCUGGCAGAACUUUCUCCAUAAUGCUGUGGGAAUGGCUCUGAUACUUACAUUGGACGAAAGCUUACUCGUAUCCAAAUAUGGUACAAAUCUUUCCCACCAAUGCAUUUGUCUGAAAGAGUGAAUUAUUACCUAACUGAUAUUCGAUAUGAUUUUGAUGGUCUUGAACUGAACAUUUUUGUAAACUUUGUGAAAAAAUAAAUGUGUUGUGCAAUGCA